CCGAAGGACAAGAACCAACAGAAGCUCCUCCUCCUCCUCCAGUCUGCUGACAGUUGAGAUGUCCCGGCUCAGGAUGACUUCCUGUCUGUUGUCCCUCCUCUUCCCUUUGUUGUCGUCCAUCAUGGCCGCCGCCCAACCCGCCGGCUGCAAAAUCCGAAUCACUGACAAAGGACUCGAGAUGCUGAAGUUUGAGACUCAGAAGUUCGUUGAAGAAGAGAUCAGUAACAUCUCGAUGCCAGAGAUGACGGGCAAAGAAGGACGCUUCCAAUACACCAUUAAUAACGUGAAGAUAACCGAGUUGAAUCUGACUCACGCUGAACUGCAGUUCAUCCCUGACGUCGGGUUGUUGUUCGAUGUCCAGAACUCAUCCAUCUCGCUGAGUUUCCACCGACGGAUCCUCUACUGGUUCUUUUACGACACAGGAAACAUCAACGCGUCGGCCGAAGGAGUGAACAUCAACACGGCCCUGAGUCUGAUCAGGGACGACGAAGGACGGCUGAAGAUCAAUAACAUCACCUGUGACGCCAGAAUCGACAAAAUGAGGGCAAAGUUCAGCGGAACGCUCGGGAAAGUUUACCACUUCCUGUCCAGCUUUCUGACAACGGGCCUACGCUUCCUCCUCAACCAACGGAUCUGUCCCGCUCUGAAUCAUGCCGCUCUGGUUCACGUGAACUCUCUGUUGGAGACGAUCCCCGUGAGGACGGAGGUCGAUCAGUACAUCGGUAUUGAUUAUGCUCUGGUCGACGACCCGGUGGUGACGUCCAGGAGCCUCGACAUGCACUUCAGGGGGAUGUUCUUCGACCGGGCCGAUCCGAACAACACGUUGGUGAACUACGCCGUGGACCCGGUCAUCAGGGAGUACGACCGCAUGGUGUACCUCGCCCUGUCCGAGUACUUCUUCGACAGCGGCAUGUAUUCCUACUACAAGGCAGGAGUCCUCCAGAUGCACAUCAUCAACGAGAAGAUGUCCAAAGACCUGGAGAUGCUGUUGAGAACCACCUACUUUGGCACCCUCGUGAUGAUGAACCCGGUGCUGGUGGACGCGCCGCUCUCACUGGAGAUCGCCGUCAACUCGCCUCCGAAAACCACCAUCAAGACGUCCGGAGCGACGGUCGUCAUGACAGCCACCGUCAAGGUGAUGGUGCUGCCUCCAGGCCGGCCUCCGGUCCAGCUCAGCAGCAUGACCAUGGAAACAAAGUUCAAUGCCAAGGUUUCAAUAAAGGGAAAACGUCUGGCCAUUCAUGCCGACCUCCGCAGAUUUAAAAUAUUCUCCAAUCAAUCGGCGCUGGAAUCUCUGGCAUUGAUUCCUCUGCAGGCUCCUCUCAAGACGAUGCUGCAGAUGUCUGUGGUUCCUCUAAUCAACAACUGGACAAAGAGAGGCGUUCGGAUCCCUCUGGCAGACGGGAUGGAUUUCAUUGAGGAAGUAGUUGAAUAUCACAACGGUUUCAUCUUGAUCGGAGCGAAUCUUCACUUCAGCAAAGGACUGAGAGAAAUGAUUGAAGGGAGCAAUGAGACAGAAGCCACCACCAACUAAACAUAUAUAUGAAGAGUAUAUAUAUAUGUAUAUACACACACACACACAAUGUGAAUAUACUAUACUAAGGAAACAUAUAGAACAAAAUGUGAAUAUAUAC